AUGAAAUUACUUUCCUCCGCCUACACCGGCCCACUUUUGGCCGCUCUGCUGCAUUCCGGUGUAGCGAGUGCGGCGUACAGCACCGCUAACAGCACCAUGCUGCUGUUGAGCAAUGACUCAACAAUGAACUUCGACUUGCUGACUCCUCUCGGCGAGUCCAUCACUGGAGGAGGCGACGUCGGGCCCAUUCUUGGCGCUGCCAAAGAAAUCCAAGCCGGAAACAUGACGUCCUUCAGCGAGGUCUUCUAUAAGCUCGCCAACGAUACUAAGGGACAGGCGGAAGACCCGGAAAAUGCCUACGACCCUGUCAAUGUCAGGGACACGUGGUUCUCUGCGGCGUCGUACUUCCGCAGGGCUGAUGCCUACCUCCACGGCAACUGGAGCAAUCCGCUCAUCAACAGCCUGUGGGCCGAGCAGACAGAGGCGUUCAACAAGGGGAUAGCUGCUUUGCCGAUUCCUGGCAAGCGCAUUCGCAUUCCGGCUAAAAAGGGUAACUUCACCGUUGAGGCUAUUUGGUACUCUGCUUCGGAGAGCAAGCAUGACAAGCUGCCGACAUUGAUCAUCGGGAACGGCUUCGACGCUGCGCAGGAGGACUCUUACCACAACUUCGUCGCGCCCGCCCUGGCUCGAGGAUGGAAUUGUAUCACCUACGAAGGUCCAGGACAUCCAAGUGUGCGCCGGAACCAGAACCUUGGUUUCAUUCCCGACUGGGAGAAAGUCGUCAUACCCGUCGUGGAUUAUGUUCUCUCGGAGCAGAAGCACGUCGUAGACACGAAUCGUCUUGUCCUCCUCGGCAACUCCUUCGGCGGCUACCUGGCUGCCCGUGCUGCAGCCUUCGAGCCCCGUUUGUCCGCAGCAGUCUUUAUUGACGGCGUCUGGGACAACUACGCGGCAUACACAAGGGAGCUAUCAUCUGAAAUGCUCGACAUCUACGAGGCGGGCAACUACACGCAAUUUGACGACGCCGUCCUCUCUGCUCGGGAAGCCGGGAAGCUCCCCACCGGCGCCGCCUGGGGCAUCGACCAAGGCAUGUGGGCAUUCCACACGCACUCGCCCUCGGACUUCUUUACUCAGAUCAAGCAAUACAACGUAGAGUCUUUCAUUGACAAAAUCAGGAUGCCGGUGUUUGUCGGUGAUGCCGAGCUGGAGAGCAGUUAUGUUGGACAGCCUAAGCAGGUGGCGGAUGCGCUGGGCCACUGGGCUACUCUGCAUACUUUCAAGGGGGUUGCUGGCUUUCAUUGCCAAACUGGUGCUGGACAGGAGCUUUCAAGGACGAUCCAUACGUGGUUGAACAAGACUUUAGGCAAGGUGGGCCAUGGCCGCUAAGAUUACUGCUCACUUGUAACGGCGGUUGCCUCAGGCAACGAUUACCCAGCUCUUCAAGCGAUUCGUUCUAUUUCAAUCCCAAUACAUUUCUUCUGAGAAUCCCGAAUAUCGUCGAUCUCCC